CACGGGGUACAAAACCCGGCCGCCACGGUCUCGGCUGUUCCAACGACGACGACUCGAAGCGCCGGAACGACGUCAAGUGCCCCAGAACGCCGCGUGCAACCGUCUAAGUCGCACUCGCCGGACGUGCGUGAAGUUUUGUUGCCCCGACAUCUCGUCACCAUUAACUUAACGCGUACAAUCGUCGCGAUCAUCGCCGUGCAUAAGUAAAUACGCGUUGCCGUAUUCACAUACAUACAUAAACUCGCGCACAUACGCACACCUGUUGCGCGUUUGUUUUUAUUAUUAUUGUUAUUUUAUUUUUUUUUUUUCGCGUCCACCUCGUACGUUCACCCCUCCGGGAAACGUCGCCGUAACUCCCUCGUGAACGACGUACUCGUGGUCUCCGAACAAGCUCACCUCCCACGUGCCACGUGCUCGCCGUACCACCCCGAAUAACCGACGUACCGAAUGUCGCUUCCCGAAUCCCGGUGGCUGCUCGUCGUGGCCGUGUUGGCCGCGUGGUGGACGGCUGCGGCGGUCGGCCGGCCCGCGGCCGUAGACGAAUCGGUGGCGGUGCCGGUCAACGAUGACGACGGCGAACCGGCACCGAACGAGGAGAACGCGUCCGGCACCUUCGUCGGCGUGCCCGAGAUUCGCAACCUGCAGAACGUCGACGCGGCACUUUGCAGGAGGCUGGCCGCCAUGACCGACCGCGAUCUGGCCUUCCUCGAGGCCGGCCUGUCCAACAUCGGUGGAGCGCCCCCCCAGGAGGACGAACCCGCCGACGGGGAAAUGAUGAUGGGCGACAUGCCGCAGGCGGACGCGAUCACCCAGGACCAAUGGUCUUCGGCCACCGCGCCGGUGACCGUGCGCACCGACCUCCUGUUCCUGGAAAGAGAAAGCCCCGAUUGUUCAGAGGACCGGUAUGUAAAUUCGUCGACACCUUCUAAGAAACGCAGGAUUCAAUCGAUUCAAAAUCAGAUUAUGCAGUAUAUGGGUAGAUCUUCUCCGAGCCAAAUCUCACCGAUACCAACCAACUCUAAUCAACCUACAGCUGUGAAAAAAAUAAUGGAUACGGUAACGAACUUGAUGUCCUAUCCCAGUGAUGUGAUGCAUACCGAAAGCGCGGUUGAAAAAGUUCAAAGUUUUUUUCCUAUUUGUUACGUGCCAAAGAAUACAAACGAUGACGAUAAUUGGAAUUCCAAGAAAGCUAUGAACUUAAUGUUUAGUAUAAGUUUACCCAAAGCACCUGGCGGUGUUUCGGUUAACAUAAACAUGACUAAACUCAGGCUAUUCAAACAUUUCAUAACGUGCACUUCGCAAACGAGUGUUGAGACCGAUGACUCUCAAAUCUGUCAACCGAUUUCAUCGAAAAAAAACGCUAAACUAGCUAAUUCUUCUUCUGCCGAAGCUAUGUCAACGACAGAAGAUAAGCAGAUUCGGGUAUCUGUAUACAUAAGAUUAAUGAAAAAGAAGGUUACAGUUAAAAGGAAGCUGUUGGACAGCCGUAUGUUACCGUAUUACGGUGAAAAGUGGACAGAAUGGAACAUUCAUAAAGCAUUCAAGACCUGGCGCAAUCAAACACACAACUUUACGAUCACCGUCGAAGUUGAAGAUGAAGACGGCAAUUUCCUUCCAGUAACAAGGUUUUUCAAACCGAUGAACUGCACCGAGCCCGAGCAAACGAUUGCAGCGAUCUCGAAACCGAUCCCCGGGCUGGUGAUGGAGUCCGUGCACAAAGGGCUGCAGAACGACGGCGACGAGACGAUGACGAUGAGCCCGCAAAUGGCGCUCAGCCUGAAUCUGCCGCGGUAUCCGAUCGUGGACGUGACCACGGUCGAGGUGCCGGCGGUGGCCGAACAGGGCCGGGGCGUGGCGCAGCUUUUCAACCGUCACGCGGUGGUCGCGGUGAGGACGACGUCGUGGCGGCCGGACAGAUCCAACGAGCACGGCGCGUAUCCCAGGAUCCGGCACGGCAACGGGUCGCACAACAAGGCGGCCGCCGAACCGACGGACCCGGACACGUUGCCGCCGCCGGCCAUGGACUUCUCCAGGAUGGGCGAGGACCUCCGCGACAGGGUGGUGAACAAGAUCGUGCUAGUCAAAGUCAAGGCCACGACCACCACCGAGACGCCGACGGGCUCGACCGCGUCGCCUGGUGCCGCCGCGACGUGAGCCCGCGUAGCCUCCGUCGGUUACCGGUAACCGUCACGAGAUCCUGAGCGCGCGCCCAACGUUGUAAGCGCACGACUCAUCCGUUUCAUUCGAUAUGUUUCGAUAUUAAUCGUUAGGACGGUAACUGCGUGUGCGCCCGUUUACCGCUGUAUUGCUCGUACGUUAUGUACUCGCUUAUAUUUCGAAUCCUCGUAUCUGGGCACACGUCCACGUAUUUAUAUAUGCAUAUAUUUAUUUAUUAUUAUAAUUACUAUUAUUAUAAUUAUUUUCUUUAACUUUAUAUGAUUAUAUUCACGUUAUCACAGUUGUAUUACGGUGGAGGGAGAAAACUACAAUAAGUUUAUAAACGGAAUAACUUUAUUUAUUACCAUUAAUAUUAUCGUAUUCGAUUAACAUUAGAUGAAUCCAAGGCUGGAAAUUAACGAGUGAAAAAUUUAAAUUUACUUUUAACCGUGUUACUUAACGAGUUAUUCAUCAUUUUUUUUUUUUUUUAAUUAAUUUCUUAUUUAAUGAGUUAAAUAAUUUCUCAUUGUAGCUACUAUUUUAUAUUUGGAUUAAUUUAUUUCCUAAUUUUAAUUCCAGAUUUGAAAAACACGAAAAUACUCCUUUUUUUAUAUAUAAAUUAAUUGUUUCUAGCAAAAAAUAAUUUGCAUUUUAAUCGUAAAGUAUUGAUUGCACUUUUACUCUUGAAUCGCAAUAGGAAUCUAAAUAACGUACAUAAACAUAACAUUAUAAACAUUUCAUAUUAUGCAGUUAAAAAAAAAAAUUGAUUUUACUUUUUUUCUGUUUAAUUUAUAACUUUUGCACGUUAUUACACAUUUAUAGACAAAAAAAUAGUGACUUUCAACCAAAGAUGGGCAAGUUAAUGAAAAUAAUUAACUUGAUUUAACUUAACUCAGUUUAAUAAAAGUUAAUCUACUUUUUU